UCUCUCUCUCUCUCUCUCUCUCUCUCUCUCUUUCUCCUUCUCCCCCUCUUUCCUAUCCUUUCUCUCUCUCUCAUCCCCCCUCCUCACUUUUUUUUCAAUAUAUGCUGCAGUCAACACUUCCCUAAUGAGGCGGCAGCCUUUGUCGAGAGCAGUGCUAGGAAUAUCGCCUUUGGAUCACUUUAGGGGGGUGGCAGGGUUUAAAUAAAAGGAGGGAUGCCUUCCCGCAGCCCCUUCUCCUGGAUGGGGAGCCUCGGUUUAAGGUCACGGGCAACGCUGGCUUGGCUCCUUCCCAAUAGCCGCUGUGGCCGCCUCCGCUGCCGUCGUGCCACUUCCGUGCCACUCGCGUGUGUCUGGAAUGGAAGCCCGAGUUGGUAGUCUGUUAUGGAAACGCUGUUUGCUGUUAUUGUAGUAUCGCGGUGACCAACAUGCCAUUGAAAUGGAAAACGAGUUCUCCUGCGAUCUGGAAAUUCCCCGUUCCUGUGCUUAAAACCUCCAGGUCGUCGCCGCUUUCACCAGCGUACAUAUCCCUGGUCGAGGAGGAGGACCCUCACAUGAAAGUCUCCCUGGGGAGCAGCGAUAUGGGGGUGUCUGCCCACCUGCAAUCCUCCAAGACAGGCACCACCCGGUUUUUCACCAGCAAUACCCACAGUUCCGUCGUACUCCAGGGUUUUGACCAGCUGCGCAUAGAAGGCUUGCUGUGUGACGUGACACUUGUGCCAGGCGACGGGGAUGAAGUGUUUCCAGUUCACAGGGCAAUGAUGGCUUCCGCUAGCGAUUACUUCAAGGCCAUGUUCACAGGUGGGAUGAAAGAACAAGACUUAAUGUGCAUCAAACUCCACGGCGUGAACAAAAUAGGUUUGAAGAAGAUCAUAGAUUUUAUUUAUACCGCCAAGCUUUCUCUCAACAUGGACAACCUUCAGGAUACUCUCGAAGCUGCCAGCUUUUUGCAGAUUUUGCCCGUGUUGGACUUCUGCAAAGUGUUUCUUAUAUCUGGGGUCUCGCUGGAGAACUGUGUGGAAGUGGGCCGGAUUGCCAACACGUACAACCUGACGGAGGUGGACAAAUAUGUGAACAAUUUCAUCCUCAAGAACUUCCCGGCGCUGCUGAGCACCGGCGAGUUUGUGAAGCUCCCCUUCGAGCGCCUGGCCUUCGUCCUCUCGAGCAAUAGCCUUAAACACUGUACGGAGCUGGAGCUCUUCAAGGCUGCCUGCCGCUGGCUGCGCUACGAGGAGGCGCGCAUGGAGUGUGCCGCCAAGCUUAUGAAGAACAUCCGCUUCCCACUCAUGACACCACAGGACCUCAUCAACUACGUCCAGACAGUGGACUUCAUGCGGACCGACAACACCUGCGUCAAUCUGCUCCUGGAGGCCAGCAACUACCAGAUGAUGCCCUACAUGCAGCCGGUUAUGCAGUCGGAACGGACGGCCAUCCGCUCGGACAGCACCCAUCUGGUGACCCUUGGGGGGGUGCUCCGGCAGCAACUGGUGGUCAGCAAGGAGUUGCGCAUGUAUGACGAAAAGGCACACGAGUGGCGCUCCCUGGCCCCCAUGGAUGCCCCCCGCUAUCAGCACGGCAUUGCUGUCAUUGGGAACUUCCUCUACGUAGUGGGUGGGCAGAGCAACUACGACACGAAAGGAAAAACGGCUGUCGACACCGUCUUCCGCUUUGACCCGCGAUAUAACAAAUGGAUGCAAGUGGCCUCCUUGAAUGAAAAGCGGACCUUCUUCCACCUAAGUGCCCUCAAAGGACAUCUAUAUGCCGUCGGCGGGCGGAACGCGGCAGGGGAAUUAGCCACAGUGGAAUGCUACAACCCGCGUAUGAACGAGUGGAGCUACGUGGCAAAAAUGAAUGAGCCCCAUUAUGGCCACGCCGGGACCGUCUAUGGGGGCCUGAUGUACAUUUCAGGGGGCAUCACUCACGACACUUUCCAGAAGGAACUCAUGUGCUUUGACCCCGAUACGGACAAAUGGACCCAGAAGGCCCCCAUGACCACGGUCCGGGGUCUGCACUGUAUGUGUACUGUGGGUGACAAGCUGUAUGUCAUUGGUGGGAACCACUUCCGGGGCACCAGCGAUUACGACGACGUCUUGAGCUGCGAAUAUUACUCGCCCACCCUGGACCAGUGGACGCCCAUUGCGGCUAUGUUGCGGGGCCAGAGCGACGUCGGGGUGGCUGUCUUCGAGAACAAGAUCUACGUGGUGGGGGGGUAUUCAUGGAACAACCGGUGCAUGGUGGAGAUAGUCCAGAAGUACGACCCAGAGAAGGACGAGUGGCACAAGGUCUUUGACCUCCCGGAGUCCCUCGGGGGCAUCCGCGCCUGUACGCUGACAGUGUUCCCCCCCGAGGACAAUACGGGGUCACCCUCUAGAGAAUCGCCCCUUUCGGCUCCUUGAUAGAAAGAGAGGCUUCUAUGCCGGACUCGCUGCUCCGCCGUUCCAAUACUGUCACGCUGCCUCUUAUUUGUCUUCAGUAGUUCUCUACCAGGUGUCGCUUGAAGCUGGUGGCACACUGGUGGGGAGUGAAAGACAGAUGGAUGCUAUUUGUCCUCAUUGGUCUGGAGGAAGAGGAAUGUGCCGAACGACAAAAAAGAUAUGUUCCUUUGGAGCCAAAAAUGAGGAAAACAAGGUGUCUUAAGAGGUCCUCUCUAUCCGUCUUCGCAUUAGGUAACAUUGGUGUUGUGUGCAAAGCGGGAAUCCCAGCAAGUCCAAGAAGAGGGUCUGUUGUGCUUGUGCGGACACAACUGAUGGGUGAUUUGUGUGUGUGUUUGGGGGGGAGGGGGCUUGUUUGCAAUGCCUUGGAGCCAAAGGGCUGUCUUGUCCCGGCCUCAAGCCGGUGCAAAUAUUGUCGGCGACUCUCUGGCCUCAGCUACCUCCCCUUCUUGCCGUUUCCCGACUUUGGGGGGAUCGGGUCUUUUCAGCAAAGAGGAGAAACCCAGCCGUAUGGAAGCUGUUCAUCCGUAUACAGCCCUGAAUCUAUACACCAGGGUUGUUGGGUUGGGUUUUUUUAAGUAAUCUAUUAAGAUCUCUUUUUGCCCCUAUUAAAAAAAACUAGAAAUGUCUGAGGUUAUCAGUUGUCGUUCUCCCCCUUUUCUUCUGCUGAAAUUAUGAUGGGAGCCGCAUGGGGAUCCCGUCCAAUCGCACUGGAUUUUAGAUAGACAAGGGCUAGAAACUCUCACUUCGGAAGCCAAUAAAAAAGUUUGACCGAACGGUCCCCUUUCCAGACGAAAUUUAAUCUGCCCUUUCCCAAAUAUCCUUGUUUUGUUUUGUUUUGGCUGAUAAGAGCUCUUACCUCUCUCACACACCUCUGUAUAAAAUCUCAGUUAAUACGGUUACUUAGCACAAAACGCAGCUUGGAACAGAGAGCUGCUUUUGCUCAGAGAAUUCAGAUUACCGUGUUUCUUUUGUUCAAUAAAAUCUUUAACUGCAA